CACUGUCUUUUACUCCUACUCCUACUCCCUUCACAUUAGGCUACUGAAAAGUCACUUAUCUCACACUUUUCUACUUCAACAACACACUGGCUGAUCCUUCAUUCUCAUCACUGGUAUUAUGGCUAUUGCAUAGACUACCACGGGCAUCCACCUGAAAGGAUGAACAACGCUGAACAGUUUAUUGCUGCUACAAUGUUUAAUAAUUAUAAUAAACACAACGUAACACCAGUGUCGUCUAGUAUAAAAACAGAUAGCCAUGAACUCUCAGAAAUGUUUGCUAAUACAACACUCAACUACAGACCAUAUGAAAACGGGGCACUAGUGUCAGCCUGUAUAGUACCAGAUGUCAAGUACUUCUACUACACUAUCUUCACCCUAAGCAUUCUGGGUAAUGGCCUGCUGCUAUUCGUGCUCAUGAAGUUUGAUCGUGGAUGGACGCCUAACAGCAUCCUCAUGUCCAACUUACUGGGCUCCAACCUGGUCUUCACCAUUACACUGCCUACUUGGGCCUCCUACCUGCAUACAAAGUCAACCUUCAGCCCCACCCUGUGCAAGCUGGUUGGUAUGGCAACCUACAUGGGGUUCCACAGCACCGUUCUCUUCCUGACUCUGGUGACCAUCCACCGUUACUUGGCUGUGGUUCAUGCUGUUGCGAUGCACAACCAACAACACAAGAACCGCUAUGCUGUGGUGGCUUCAGUUGUGGUGUGGCUCAUCUGUGGUGUUGCAGGUGUGAUUUCCCAGGUGUUCAGACAGUGGGAGAACGGCUUGGUGUGUGUGGAUGAACUAGAUCCCUCUGCGAAGCCGUUUGUCGUAUACCUGCACUUCGUGGCCUUCUUCUUGCUCCCCCUGCUGGUGGUGGUGUACUGCUGCGUGCGCGUCAUCAUAUACUUGGUGUCUGCACGGAUCAGCAGCCAACACAGUGCACUGCUCACCGUCUCCAUCAUCCUCCUCAUCUUCUUCGCCUGCUGGACACCACAUAGCAUCAUGAAGUUGGUGAGGAUAAACACGCCGCUCAGCUGCAAUGAUGGAGCCAUGGAGUAUGCCUACUACAUCACCAAAAUCAUCGCCUACCUCUUCUUCUGUAUCAAUCCUGUUUUCUAUGCCUUCCUAAAACGCAAGUUCAAGAACUAUGUGUGUGCUCAGGUGUGCCGUUAUUUUUCAUGUUUGUAGAGCAAUCUCUUUGUCUGUGUCUGCCGUAAGUCAGUUGCAGCCCCACCGUAGCAUCUACAUUCAUGUACAACCACCAGCACUGAUAUUUUUCACGCCUUUAGUCCCGUCUUUCAUUACCAGUUCCAGGCCCCAGUAUUUACCUUGUACAGUUUAUGCUAUUGUAACAGGUUGGACUAGGUCCCCUGUUAGUGUGCAUGUUGCAAUUGAAAACAGAUGCCCUUGUGGGCGAGGGCGGAGCGCAGCUUUCGUCUUUCAGCCAUACGGUCUGACACGGUCAGCUCCAAUCACCCACCCCUUAGACAGCUGAGAAAGAGCUUUUUUCCUCAUGCCAUUUGCUUACUGAAUUCCUCCUAAUUACU